AUGACAGAGUUUAAAAUUAGUGAUUUAUUAGUUAAACCAUUAUCAGAAAGUUUUUCAUGCAUAGUGUGUACAGAUCUCCUUAGUGAGAGUCACGAUAAAAUUCAAGUUAAUCAAUGUCCUCAUGGCCAUUGUUUAUGCUCAGAUUGUUGGACAAAACAGAUUGAAAAUAAGAAAAAAGAAUGUCCAAUCUGUAGGGCAAAAGUAAAAUUAGAGUUUUUAUCACGUAAUUUAUUUUUAGAAAGUGAAUUUAAAAAGAAAAAGGUAUAUUGUAAAUAUCAAUAUAAAGAAGAAAAAGAAGAUGGUAAAAUAAUUAAAGAUGAAGAGAAUGGAUGUAAAGAUAUAAUUAGAAUUGAAGAGAUGGAAACACAUUUUAAAAAUUGUCAAUAUGCAUUUAUAAAUUGUCCAAAUGGUGAUGAAUGUAAAAUUAAUAGUAGAUUUAGAAAGAAUCAAUUGGAGGAACAUAAUAAGUCUUGUGAAUAUUUAAAAGUACCAUGUCAAUAUUGUAAAACACCAAUAGCCAAAAUCAAUAAGGAUCAUUUGGAGAGCGAAUGUCAAUCAUACAAAAUAAAGUGUACACAUUGUAAAUUAGAGAUGUUGAGAAUGGAAUUAUCGGAGCAUUUGGAGGUAUGUCCCGAGAUGACCAUUCAAUGUAAAUAUAAAGAGGGUGGAUGUCAAGUAAGCUUUCAAAGAAAACAUCAAGCCAAUCAUUUAGCAUCAGAGAAUAAUCAUAUAGGUUUCAUUCAAAACAUUAUAGAUCAACAUCGUAUCCUACUGGAUGAGAGUGAUAGAUGUUUCAAACGAUUGAAAUGUAGUCAUGAAACUUUGGAGAAAAGGUUAACCAAUAUAAAUAAAUACUCAAAUCAAUGGGUAAUUGAAAAUUGGAUGCAAAAAGUAAUCGAUAUCCCAAACGAUGAAGUUACCUCUACCAAGCGAGUAUCUUGUCCAAUGUUUUACUUUAACUCUAGAAAAUAUAAUGUGUCUUGUUUUCCAAAUGGUUUCACUCCAGCAAAUAAAGAUUACAUUUCACUUUAUCUUCAUUUACAUGAAGCUUCCCCAAAUAUUAAUAUUAAAUUCUCUUUUGAAAUUGUAAAUUCCGAUCCAACAAAAUCAAUUAAAAAAGAAAAAAAUUCAUACUUUCAAAACGAUAAAGGUAUUGGAUGGGAAAAAUUUGCAGAAUGUAAAACUAUAAAUACUUUGGGUGAGGGUUUUGUUGUUGGCAAUAAACUUACAAUCAAAUUUGAAAUUGAGAUUCCACAAACAAUAGAUCCUUUAACUACUAAAUAA